AUGGGCUGGGCAAUAUCACAUUACGACCAUCUCAGAGAAUGUAUCAUGUACAUCCAAACCCGAGUGCAUCAAUUAGAGGAGGGUGCCGAAGUUGAGCUGGAUCACAUUGAUGGCUUAACCCUUGAAAACUGUUCUAGAGAAGAAAAAAUACGGCUAAUCAAUUGCGAGCUCAAAUCAAUCCUUUACGAUCAUGGUCUGCUGGUUCAGGAUUGGUCAGCAGAUGUAGCCUGGUUGUGGCAUUGGUGCGAACAAAUGGACAACGGCGACUGCGGAGAUCUACCGGAAAGAUGGGCAACUUUACUUGACCAGAUUACGGUGGACCAACAGAGUCGUGGACACAGGCGGGCUGAGGACGGAGCUACAGGUGUUGUGGACACUGAUGAGGAGGAAGCAGUUUUGGGGGUGCAUGUGGAUGAUGGCGAAGGAGGCAACAGAGCUCAACCCGAAAAUCCCAACGCAGGCGAUGGUGGUGAUGAAAUGGGAGAUGAGGAUGUUGAGGAAGGAUGGGAGGACUUUUAA